UGGCAUGGUUUCAUAUUCAGGAUGCAUUGUGGACAGGGCUGGAGCCACUGCCUGCAGGAGAGGACACCGGGGAGCCUUGUCGUCUACAAAAACCCUCCUCUGCUGAACAUUAUUGCCCCAUCGCUGUGAGAGUGUGCACGGGUCUGACAGGCUGCCUCUCCCCCAACUACACCACGAGCCGAGUUACAGAAGAUGCUUUCGAUUCAUACCUCCAUCCGCCAUUUUCAGCAGACUGACAGCAGGUAGAGCACAAAAAUCACAAAUCCCCGGUCACAUAAAGCAGAUCAUGGCUUUUAAUGGAGGGACAGUGGAACGUCUGGAUGAAAUUCCAGCUCAUAUGUGGAAGGGUUUGCCUGACUGUUUGCGUCUCGGACCUUCUGCUAUAGAUCAAAGCCGCGUCGGUGUCUGGGCCACUCAGGUGAUCCCUAAGGGCAAGAGGUUCGGCCCAUUUGUUGGAGAGAAGAAAAAAAGGUCCCAGGUGACCAGUAAUGUAUACAUGUGGGAGGUUUAUUUCCCGUCGCGGGGCUGGAUGUGUGUUGACGCAACAGACCCCUUAAAGGGGAACUGGCUGCGAUAUGUGAACUGGGCACGCUCCAGUGAAGAGCAGAAUCUUUUCCCCCUGGAGAUCAACAGAGCCAUUUACUACAAAGUUUUACAGACAGAUAAGAUGCACAGUGGCCCAAAUAUCCCCCUUUGCCUCUCAGCAAGCCGGGCUGUGAUUGGUGGCCGACCUCAUCUCUCAUUGUUGCAGCCUAUCGGGCCGGGAGAGGAGCUGCUGGUGUGGUACACUGUGGAAGACAACCCCGAGAUAACAGCUGCACUGGAGGAAGAAAGAGCCAGCAGUCUGAGCAGGAAAAAUUCACCCAGGUCGAAGCGAGCCAGAAGAAAGCUGCUGGAGAGAGCCAGACAGGCUGGUCUGGGUGGAUACAAGAAAACAAGCGCAACCAAACCUACUGUCAAGGAGAUGUGGAAUGAGGAAGAAGAUCUGAAGGAGGAGGAUGAGAGGCCAUCAACCUUAGAGCCUUCACAGGAACUCCAGGAAAUCCAUCCUAUGGGAAGCACUGACCAUAGGGAUGUGGUGGACAUGUCAGCAGUGAUGACGGACAGGGGAAAUGCGGAGGAGGAAGAAGAAGGAGACGAAGAAGAAGACGAGGAGGAGGAUGCCGCUGCUGUUGAUGAUGAUUUGGAGGAAUUGAGUGAAGUACAGCAGCAAACGGCUCAGCAUUCACGUGCUGCUGAUUCCAUGCAGAAUAAGCCACCUGGCUCAUUGCUUACCUGUGUUGAAGAAAGCCAUAAUGAUUUGCAGGGAAAGUUGGACUCUUCUUCGCUUGCAGGGCAAGAACCAGAGGCGGAUCCUGAUCUUGACCUUGACCCCGACCCUGAUGGCGACCUUGGGGGUGAAUCGUAUCCCUGUCAGCACUGUGAGCGCCACUUCUCCACCAGACAGGGUCUGGAACGUCACAUACACAUUCAUGCUAUCACUAACCAGCAAACACAACUGUUCAAGUGCAGGUACUGCAGUAAGUCCUUUGGCUCACAGGUGGGGCGGCGGCGGCAUGAGAGAAGGCAUGAGAGUGGGCUGAAGAAACGGCCUGGCUCUCUGGCAGGAACUGCCAGUCUACUCAGUCCUGUGAUGCAGACCGAUGGAUCAAGUCCCGACUGCACCAGCCCAACGAGUCACUAUAUAGCCAUAGGGUCCCAGUUUACUGGAGGACCUCUGCACAACUCUGAAAUGCAGAGAAAGGAGUCGGGGCCUUAUGCUGACCGUCCCUUUGUACUAGAUGAAAAUGGGGAGUCAAAGGAACUCCAUCCCUGCAAGUAUUGUAAUAAAGCAUUUGGCACACACACCAACAUGCGUCGACACCAACGCAGAAUACAUGAACGGCACUUGUUACCGAAGGGAGUUCGCAGGAAAGGCAUGCUGAUGCAAGAGGCAUCGGUGCAGAAACAGCAGCAGCCUGAUGAGUCCCCCAGCACCAGCCCUCCGACUGUCUACGUGCCCAGUGCUGACACAGAAGAUGAGGUAGACAGGGACGAUUACGCAGUUGACAUAUCCAAAAACAUCUCUGAGAAUUUGAGCUUCUACAUUGACGGCAAGAUUGUGUCCACCAGUUCAGUGAGCAGCUGUGAGGUUAUAGAGGUGGACUCCAGAUCUGCAGCUUUGUUUGGUCUGGACACCGUCAUCAUCAGCCCAGAUCAAAUCAGUCAGGCGCUAAAGGCGGAGGGUAGAACAAGUGCUCCAACAAAACUCUCCAACAUUGGCCAGCCAGCAGUAAAAAGAAGAACAUCUACACCCCCAUUUGUUCCCAGCCUUAAAGUGGAGACCGAAUCAGCGACUUUCACAGCCUCUUCAUCGUCCUCAUCAUCCUCUACAUCGUCCUCAUCUAACUUGUUAGUGGGUGGCCUUUUCCAACAAGCUGCCGAUUCAUCAGCAUUUCAACGAGAGAAAACGGUGUAUCUCUCACCUAAGCUUAAACAGCUCCUUCAGACACAAGACAUUCAUAAAUCAACCAUUGCCCUGAUAACAGAAAGCCAUCGGCUGGCCUCCCCGCUGUCGGUCACGCCGCUGCCAGGGGUUUCCGGCAGGUUUAAAAGAAGAACAUCCUCUCCCCCGUCAUCUCCACAACUCAGUCCUGCAUGUAAAACGGAGAGUAAAGCCGAGGUGGUGAGCUCAUUCGCCCUCAAGGUGCCAAAGCUGGAAAGCCGCAGUGCAUCACCUCCUGGGAGCCUGCUGGAUAAGGAAGAUGGAGACAGCCUGAGCCUCUCUGAAAAUAAUAUGCACGGCCAGACCUCAUCUAGUAGCGGUGGAAAUUCCUGUAAUCAGCAGCCCUUGGAUCUGUCAAAUUUUGUCAAUAGGAGGAGGGACAGCUUGAACAAGGUGCUUGGGGAUUCAGCUCUUGAUUUAAGCUUCCAUCGGAAGAGUAAUGCAGAGCCCGAAUUAAAGGGAGGUCCAGCUCCACAACCACUGAUAAAAAAGAGAAAGCCUAACACCAGCAUGCUUGAAAAGGUGCUGAUGAAUGAGUAUUUAGGUCUGCCUUUGCCAGCAGAGGAGGGCCCUUCUGCCAUAGCAAACUUAAGUUGUUUCCAUUCUCUCUCUCCAAACGUUGCGACAGAGUCUGCCCACCCCUCUCCACCCUCUUUGACCCCUGUCACCAUGAACCCCUCUUCCCCGGGUAACUCCAGUAUGACCUCUCCAACACCGCCCCCCCCUCUACUACCUACCAUACCUUCUCCGCCGGCUAUGCCUAGCUCGCCUCUUUCUCAGCUGUCAGAUUCCUCUGCACUGAGACCUCUUCCUGUCCUCUCGCCAAACAUGUCUCCAAGAUCAGUUGAACACAAUUCCCUGUCUGACUCGGAGGAGGAUUUGUUUGCUGAAGAAAACGAAGUUGAGGAAGAGAACCAUAUCACUGAGCCACUGGACUCCCCGAACACUCCGCUUAAAGAUCCCCUUAAUAGUUCAUCCACAUCAAGCCCUCCUGAGACGACUUCGGAAGAUCUGCCCACUACAGAAGAUCUGCCCACUACGAAAGAGCUGCCCGCUACGGAAGAAGAUGUUUCUCUGACUGCAACUUGCGACAGUCUACUAAAUAACAAAAUGAACCAAAACCUAGACUCUGUAACAGAAAAAUCUCUUGCUGCUCUCUCACCCUUGCCAGAGUCGUCAUCUCCCUCAUCAUGUCCUCCUCCUGCAAUACAUUAUCCAACCCCAUCACAGUCCUUCCCUCAGAUUAAGAUAAAAGAAGAGCCUCAGCACUGCAUAGAUGAGCUGCCAGUUAUGAAUCAUGCACCUCAGGAAGGCGUGAACUCUUCACCUCAGCCUGCUGCUCCUGAUAAAGUGUCUGAUAAAACCUCUGAGGAAGUCGACUCGACAUACUGCAAGACUUUUGUGUGUAAUGUCUGCGAGGAGCCGUUCAACUCCAUCAAAGAGCUCAGUGGACAUAUCACCGAGCACGCUGCAGAUUGGCCCUUCAAGUGUGAAUUCUGUGUGCAGCUGUUUGGUGAAGCCCCAGCCCUGCUCGCUCACCGUUCAACACUACACGGAGUGGGCAGGAUCUUUGUGUGCUCCGUUUGUUCCAAGGAGUUUGCAUUUCUCUGUAACCUCCAGCAGCACCAAAAGGAUCUGCAUCCAAGCGAGACAUGUUCACACACCUCUGUAGAGAGUGGCAAGCUUAGGCCACAAAACUACACCGAUCCAUCCAGAGCCAAAGAGGAAAGCAGUCCCUCUACACCAGCACCAGAGACGACUGAUGAAGCUGCUCCACACAGUGACACUGACUUGACAAAAGAAGAGCCUGAUGUUAAUGGUAAUCAUGCAGAGGACGGGGCCGAGGACCCCAAUGAGGAGCUGUACACUACAAUAAAGAUCAUGGCCUCAGAAGGAGGGAAGCCUAAAGGCCCGGAUGUUCGACUUGGCAUUAACCAACACUACCCCAGUUAUAAACCACCCCCAUUUCCUUAUCAUAGCCGUUCCCAUGCAGGCUCUGUGGCCUCGGCGACAAACUUCACCACCCACAACAUACCACAAACUUUCAGCACUGCCAUACGCUGCACCAAGUGUGGCAACAGCUUUGACAACAUGCCCGAACUGCACAAGCACAUUUUGGCCUGUGCCACUGCUAGUGAUAAGAAGCGUUACACUCCCAAGAAAAACCCCAUCCCCCUCAAGCAAAUAGUGAAGAGUCCGAACGGAGUCGUGUCGCCCUCAGCAGCCAUCGCAGGCCUGAGUCCUUUUCGUAGAAUGGGUCAGCCAAAGAGACUUAACUUUAAUCAAGAUACUGCUAAAACAAAAAUGAGUGCCCUCAGUAAGAAGAAAAACCAGCUGGUCCAGAAGGCAAUUUCACAUAAAAAUAAAGCUGCCACUACGGCAAAGAAGGCUAUUGUUAAAGUUGAAGAAGAGCAGGCCUCUAACGUUUGCCCUCACUGCAGUCGGGAGUUUACUUAUCCUGCAAGCCUCAGCAAACAUAUGGCAGUCAGCUGUCCCAUGAAGCCUGUUGUUAAAAGGGGCAGAAAAAGUCUAGCAGAGGUGAAGAAAGAGCCAAUGUCUGUGCUAGAUAAAAACAUGAAUCUUAGAAAGAAAGCUUCGGACUGUGAAAUACCGCAGACGGAGCCGGAGCCUAAACCCUUGGGAAAGACCAGAGCUCGUAGCUCUGUUGCAGCAGACCCUGAACCCUCCCAGGCAAGCAAAGGAAAACCUGCUGCUGCGCUGGGCAAACUAAAGAGGCCUGCCUCAUUCCCAGUACCAGUUUCUGCUAGGAAGAAAUCAAAAAAGAGUCGAGCUCAGUCUCUACCUCCCACCCCGUCUGCCCCGGACACUCCCAGCGACACUGCACAACGGCCAGCCAUGAGAAUGCAACGUAUGGGUAAAGAGGCAGCACCCAAGAGAUUAGCAGAGGCCAAAUCACCACCACCACCACCACCACCACCACCACCACAACAACAGCUGAAGAAGGAGGAGCGCUUCUCCCUUCGAACGAGGGAGAGAGUAGGUGGUCCAGUCACCAGGAGCUUACAAAUGGUCAACGCAGCUCCUUCUGCUGAGGUGAAAGCAGAAGAAACACCAAUUCAAGAGCCAAAAGAGACUCAGGAGGUGCUGAUGAAGUGAGUCCUGCGGACACUGUUGAGCUCUUCCUGGGUGCACGGUGCUCACCUCUCAGGCAACACUCUGGACUAAUCAAGGCACUGACAGCACUGAGGUCGACCUCAGUGUUGGGCUUAUUCACUCAAAGCAAGUGAAGUCUGCUUCUCUCAACUGCCUUUGCUGGAUUUAAGGAGGGAACUCUCUUUAUCUUCCAUCUAUCUUAUAAACUGAACUGAGCCUCGAUUUUAGCCAGCCUUGCAAAAAAAAAGGAAAAAGAAACUGUAAAUGACAAUGAGUUAAUAUAUACAAUACGAGUCAUUACUUGACCCAAAACAGUAAAAUUAGGGCUCCGUUAUGUUGGAAAGCUGAUAUAUUGCAAAUGGCAAUCAUGUAUCAGUUAGGGUGUGGGGAACUUGUUUAUUCUUUCGUUCUGUAUUUUCCCCAUUUGGUUGUUUUAGAUUUUUGGAUGUUUCCAGAGUCUCCUAAUGCAUGUGCAGAAUAGAGUAUAAACUAGAUUAAGCCAAUUUCCAUGUCUCUCCCAACAGGCACCUACGUCAGUUUAUACAUGAUUUGCAAAGUAUGUUUGAUUUAAAUUUCUGUAGUCAUUAUAUGUAGAAUAUAUCUUAUUGGCAUAUUUUUGUUUGGGAAACAAAUGAAAAUGGCAGUUGUUUACUGCAACAAUUGGUCCUCAGGAACACUGUAUAUGUGUGGUAAGUAUGUGUAUGGUUAUAGUUGGAUGUGCGGCCUGACAGCUAUUCCUUUGGAUAAAUCUCAAGUAUGUCUCAUGUUUUUACUUGCCUUCUCAUACUCUUUAUCUGACGUUGGCAGUUAAUUCCAGUUGUGAAAUGAUGGGAAUUGUGUUGUAGUCUCCUUAAAAUGUCAGUCUUGAAAUUCAUUUUUAAUAUCACUCAUUCAGCCCAGUGUUUCUCACAGCACUUUAAAACAAACUGCCAAAAUUUCUAGCUGGAUCAGUAAGAUUGGCUUAAUUAACCGUGAAUAAUGGAAUGUAUACAGGUCUGUUGCACUUUGCAGACGCUGGUAAUUUGCACACAAUUGGUGCAAAUCAUUAAUCUAAUCUCAAAAUCAAAAAAUUUCUGCCAACAAAUCUCAAAAUUUGAUGCUCCCGUUAAUCAAUUUGACAGAUAAAAAUGACACAUGAACCAACUUUUGUAUGCCAAAUGCAUGCUAAUGACUCAAAUCCUCAAAGAAGAUGAAUGCAGCCGUGUUCUUUUGUCCGUUAUAAGUGGACGUGUGAAAAGUUCAUUCAUGUGUCGUUUUUUUCUUUCAAGAGCCAUGUCACAGUAACGUAACUGAACUUUCCUUUUCCUUUUUAAGGACAAAGUUUUCUUUAUUUCUUUGAGUUGAUUUAUUUGGUAAGUCUGUACCAAUGGAAAGCUUCUUAUUUUUGAGUUUAUAUUCUCCAGUGCUCACCCCAAUUUCUCACUCUUGACCAUAUUCAGUUGUACCACAGAGAUAGCAGACACACAGGCAGUGCUGAAACGCUUGUAGCAUGUUAUGGAAAAGUAAAUUGAACAAUAUGAUUUGAAGCUAAUUUAUAUUUCCACGAGAAAUCUUCAAGUUUGCCUUUCAGCAUCAAGAUUAUGUAUUUAAGGAUGAACAAAGACAAAAAUCCCGAAUGACCUCAAGUAAAACAUUGCUGUAAUUGACAUAAUAAAAAAAAGUUUUUCAAUUUUG